UUCUAUUCAUUCCAGUUAGUCAAUUGUUUCGGUUCGAUGGAAUGGAUCAAGCUUAUCUCAUAUGUUCUGUAUCUCGAGGAGAACCUCGAUGACCUGAAGUUGAAGAGGGAUGCCCUGAUCAGCCUCUUUCAGGACAUCAGGAGGAAGAUCAAACUAGAAGAACGGUGGUACAGGAGGCCUGCCAGGGAAGUGGUUGAUUGGUUGAAAAGGGUAGAGGCUAUAACGGAGGAAGUGGACGGGAUUCUGGAAGAAGGCGAACAAGAAGUGAAUCGUUAUUGUCUAGGAGGGUUGUGUCCUCGAAAUCUUUGGGUCAGCUACGUGUUUGGGAAGCGGGUCGAGGAAAAGCAAACUGCCUUGGAUGCACUAAUAUCUGAAUCUGCCUUUAUUCAGCGAGCUGCUUACGGACCCGCCAGUCCUCUAACGGGUUUACUGGAAGCUGCAUCGAUGUACUCCAGCGUUGCGGUAGCUUUGCAGGAAGAAGCCAAAAAGCGUGAUGACAAUGGUUCUGUUUGGGCAUAAGGAAAAGGAAAAUGCAAAAUCACAUCAUCCCUUGAUCGAGAGGCAUGUGUUCGGUCAGGUCCCGAUCACUUCUGAGCAAGAACUUGAAAUAAAAUUAUAAUAAAUCCCC